AUGGCCGAAGCCGCGGAGGCUGACUACAGCCUGAGCAAUCCGGACACCUUGACAAAGUACAAGACCGCCGCAGGCAUCUCGCACAAGGUCCUCGAAACCGUCUCAUCAUGGCUUGCCGACGGUGCCAAAAUCGUUGAGCUCUGCGAGAAAGGCGACAAGUUGCUUGAUGAGGAGGUUGCCAAAGUCUACAAGGGCAAGAAAGUCCUCAAGGGCAUCGCUACUCCAACGACCAUUUCCCCAGCAUCACAUGUCACCCCUUUCACCCCGCUCCACUCAGACGCAGAAGACGCAGCCUUGACAAUCAGUGCUGGCGAGCUAGUCAAAAUUCAGCUGGGCGCACAGAUUGACGGGUUUGGAGCCAUUGUGUGUGAUACCGUGAUUGUUCCAAAAGAAGCAGGGAAGGAAGCUGAGAUCACGGGUCGCGAUGCAGAUGUCAUGCUUGCAACAUACUAUGCCAAUGAGCUGCUACUUCGGUUGAUGGUUCCUCCGGGCUUACUCGCAAGCGGAACCGAGGAAGAGAAGAAAAAAGCUGCAUCUGCACGAGCUCCUACCCACUCCCAGAUCAGCUCUUUGGUCGAAAAGGUGGCCAAAGCCUACGACGUCAAAGUGGUCCAACAGACCACUUCCUGGCAGUUCGAGCGGAACGAGAUCGAGGGCAAGAAGAAGCUCAUUCUCUCUCCUUCCGACGGAACCAAGGGCGAGGGCACUCCAGAGGUUGGUGAUGUCUUUGGCGUCGAGAUCGGCAUGAGUCUAGGAUCCGGCAAGAUCAAGGAUCUCGACAAGCGUGCGACCCUGCUGCGAAAGACGGCGACAACCUACGGUCUCAAGCGACCGAGCUCUCGGCAGACCUUGUCCGAAAUUGUCAAGAAAUUCGGCAACUUCCCUUUCAGCUUGCGGCAACUUGACGACGAACGGGCCGGAAAGGUCGGAGUCGUUGAGAGUGUUCGUGCUGGCGUAUUGCGCGAGUACAAGCCAUCUGCGGAAUCUGAUGGAUCGGCUGUGACCAGGCUUUUCACCACCAUCGCUAUCACUAAAAAUGGUAUUACAAGACUAGCAGCGCCUCCGCCUCUGGACCUGUCAAAGGUAAAGUCCGACAAGAAGAUCGAGGACGAAGAGAUUCUGAAGAUUCUCGAGCAACCACUGUCCAAGUCAACUGGAGCCAAGAAGAACAAGAAAAAGAAGAAGAAGGCAGCGAAGAAGGAGGAAGAGGACAGUGACGACGACAGCGACGAAUAA